AUGGUCUACUACUUCACAAGUAACGUAAUUUCGCCGUCGGCGUAUAUCUACAUGGGCAAGGACAAGGUCGAAAACGAGGACUUGAUUGCUUACGGAUUCGAAGAGGAUGUCUGGUUCCACGUCGACAACCUCUCCAGUGCCCACGUCUAUCUGCGUCUUCCCGAUGGAGAGUCUUGGGAGGACAUCGCCAAGCCGCUCUUGGAAGAUUGCGCCCAGUUGACAAAAGCAAACUCGAUCGAGGGCAAUAAGAAGGACAAUAUCACGGUCAUCUACACCCCAUGGUCAAACUUGAAGAAGGACGGCAGCAUGGCCACCGGCCAGGUUGGCUUCAAGGACCAGAAGAAGGUCAAGCGCGUCUAUGUCGCAAAGCGAGAGAACCCCAUCGUCAACCGUCUGAACAAGACUAAGGUUGAGAAGUUCCCAGACUUCAGACAAGAGAAGGAAGAUAGAGCCAAGGAGCUGAGAAAGAAGGAUCGCUCGGUUAUCGCAGCAAGGGCAAAGGAAGAGGCUCGCAUCGCAAAAGAGAGGAAAGAGUUGGCAUACCAGAGAGAACACGCCUACGACGACUGGAAUUCGGAGGAGCAAGUCAUGGCUUCCAGCAACCAGAAUCGCGAUUCGGACUGGGAGGACGAUUUUAUGUGA